AUGGAGGUAGUAGUGUCCAACGGCCGGCAGUGGUGGCGGAGGACGAAUGGAGGUGGCGGUGUUCAGCGGCCGGUGGCGGUGGUGGCUGACGGACGGCGGAUGGCAGCGACGGAUGGAGGUGGCGGUGUUCGGUGGCUGGCAGCGGUGGUGACAGUUGGCGGACAACGGUGGAUGAGACAUGGCGAACAGUGGCAACAGAUGGAGGUGGUGGUGUCUGAUGGUUGGCGGCAGUGGUGGCGGCUGGCGGACAACGGCGGAUGA